CGAGAUCUGGGGGAAUUGUGACGGGAUUUGUAAGAAGGCCAAGGGCGGGGUUAUUUAACUACUUUUUUUCUGACGUCUUCCUUGGGGAUAUAAUAAGGGAGGAACCGCCCUCGAAGUCUGGGCUGGACCUGGUGGUUCAAAAUAUCCAAUAGCAGCUUGCUCACUUUCUACAUCGACGCACAUUUUGACCGACAAUCUCCGUCUCUCCUGUAGCAUUCCCAUCGCUUCGAUUACCAUACACCAUGUCCGACUCUCCCAAGAUCCUCAUUGUCCUGACCUCCCACGACAAGCUGGGCGAUACCGGCAAGCCCACGGGCUGGUACCUCUCCGAACUAGCCCACCCUUACAGCGUGUUCGCGUCCCACGGCUUCACCAUCACGUUGGCCUCGCCCGCCGGGGGGCCGGCACCGCUGGACCCGUCGUCGAUCGAGGCCGCCGCCGCCUCGUCGGACGCCGUCUCGCAGUCGUUCCUGGCCGAGCAGAGGGCGCUCUGGGAGUCGACGGAGCCGCUCGCCUCGUUCGUGGGCCGCGCCGCCGAGUUCGCCGCCGUCUUCUUCCCGGGCGGCCACGGCCCCAUGUUCGACCUGGCGACCGACCCGACCUCGCAGGCGCUCGUGCGCGAGUUCGCCGCCGCCGGCAAGGUGCUCGCCGCCGUGUGCCACGGCCCCGCGGCGCUGGCCAACGUGCGCACGGGCGGCGACGACGCCGGCCAGGCCGGCGAGUUCCUGCUCCGGGGCAGGAGGGUGACGGGCUUCACCAACGCCGAGGAGGCCGCGGUCGGGCUCGACAGGGCCGUGCCCUUCCUGCUGGAGGACCGCCUGCGGGAGCUGGUCGGCAGCGAGGGCGCGUUCGAGAAGGCGGACGCCGAUUGGGGGGAGAAGGUGGUGGUGGACGGGAAGCUGAUCACGGGCCAGAACCCGGCCAGCGCCACGGCCCUUGCCGAGGCGAUUGUGCGGGCUGUUUUGGGGAGCGCCUGAGCUGUGCCCUUGCCUUGUGCUUGGAGGAAAAGAUUUUUUUGUUGUUACUCACUGCUAAACUCUUCUGCCUUUUUUUUUUUUUUUUGUGUGUGUGUUGAUGCUGCUUGCGUUCUGUUAUUCUCUACUUUCUUCGGUAUGCUUCCAUUCUUUGGAU